ACCACCGCAACCAAUACCAGUGUAGUACAGAUAACAUCGAUAGACUUCAUUCUUAGGGCUUUAGCAUAUUAGGGGUUUUAGGAUUUCUCUGGAUAGUCUCCGAUGGCUGAGUCUAGGGUUUAGGGUUGUUGCAAAACAAAAACCUUAUCAAUUAUUCAAUCCUUUUCCCACUACUUCUCCAUGAAUUAAAUUUCUUUUCUUUUCUCUUUUUGUUUUAAGACCUGAGUUCCUUCUGGGUUUAUCUUGGUUUUACUGAAAGAUGGAAGAUAUGGAUGAUGAUUUUGGUGAUCUCUACGCGGAUGUUGAAGUUCAAGUAAGUUCAGUAAUCAAACAAGUUUCAAAUUCUAAUAAUCAUUCUUUAUAUAUAAAAGAAAAAGCUAAUAACGAUGAGGAAAUGGAAGACAUGGAAACGGAUAAGGAUUUAGAGGUUAUGGAUAAUGGAAGCGAUGAUAGUGAGGAUGAAUUACAUAUUCUAUUGAACGAAGAGGAUUGCAGAAAAUACCCUGUGGUGAAUGAUUCGAAUCUGAGGGAUUUGGGUAUGGGUAGUGACGGGAAAGGGGGAGACGAUAAUGAUAAUGAAUUGGUAGUUGGUACCGAAAAUGAUAGAAGGGUUGCUGAAAAGUUUGAUGGAGGAGCAGAACAGAAUUUUGCUGGUCAGAGUGUUGCUGAAAGAGGAAAUGGAAUCAAGAGUAGUUAUGCCGGGACUCAGUAUUCACCGUAUAAGUAUGUUAGGCCCAACGGGACAUUAUUUCCAAGUAACAAUGCGAAAAGCAGUGGAGCUGGGACUGCAGGUUCUUUCUCUUCAGCACCAGGGUCGAGUAUGGCACUACCAAUAGUUUCCCAGGGAUGUGAAUUCUCUCUUCCCCGAUAUAGGACUAUAUUUGAUGUAAAUGUUGAAACGUUUGAAAGGAAACCGUGGAGGUACCCUGGAGUAGAUAUAACCAAUUUCUUUAACUUCGGUUUGGAUGAGGAAAGUUGGAAAGACUACUGCAACCAACUGGAGCAUUUCCGUCAGCAAGCUGCCAAAGUUCCUGUACGUGGGCAUAACCAGUCACAUGGCAAUGAAUAUGUCCAUGAAUCAAAAGCUGUUGUUGGGGACGUCAACUCACGAAAUGCUAAUGGGGGUGUUAGACAGCUGGACGCACCAAAAGGCAGAGCAAUUCAAGUUGAAGGUGGCAUCGGUGAACGUCAACCAACUAUGGACAUAAUGCGAUCGCAGGACCGAGAUUCUGGUGUUGUAAUACAGAUCCCUAUGCAGGAUUCGAAGGAGUUAUCCCCAAGUUCAUUCAAGGAAGAAGCGAGUAAUUCUAUGGAGGACGGAUCUGAUAAUGGAGGUUCUGGUUUGGAUGAUUGCAGAGAUGGGCACCUGGCAGAAGUUACGGAAGCAUAUGGGAGAAGUCGUGAUGUUAAAAAUACUGGAUCUAUGAGAAGGCUGUCUGUGCGUCCACUGUGUUCUGACCAUGAUGGUCAGCGAAAUGAGAUCCUUGAUGCUGACGGGUGUCAUCUCUCAAGGGUGAGAGGAUGUGUUUCUGAGGAAGUGACUGAAGCUAAGAAAAAUACCAAGGAGGCCAAGGAAGGGGUUAGCAAGGAUCCUAUUAAAACAGAAGCAUGUGUAUUGGAAGCUGAACCAUCACUUAAUGAUCAUAUCUUAUGCUCAUUGGACUUCGAUAGCCAAUCAGAGGCAUCUGAGGAUGGAGAUGACAUCGAGAUGGAAGAUACUAAAAAUCUUGCAAAAUUGCAUUCUUUGAAUUCAGUCACAAGGUUGUCUGGGUCAGUAGUACCUGAUUUUGAUCAACACAAGGAGUCCAGAAGUAAUGAAAGUAAACCAAGAAACAAGUAUCUUCGUCCUCAAAAGGAUCCAAAAACCAAGUAUCUUGUGCAAGAACAGGAUAACCCUCCAAGUAGGAUGAAAUUGCGUAGUGUGGCUGAAUUGAAAUAUGAUUCAGAUGUAGAUGAAGCUUCUCCUCCUUCUGGUAGAAAGGGUUGGUGUGAUAGGAAUCACUUGACAAAAGUCCAUGCAGAGCGAAAGGUGAGGAAGAUAUAUGAUGACUUCAAUGUGGAAGAUAUGUCUUUAUACAGAGAAACCGAAAUAUCAAUUGGUUAUCGAGGUGGAAGGGUUGCCAACAAGCAUGUCAGAAGUUCUAUUUCUGGAAUAAUUGAGAGGAAAGUAUACCCACACGCAAGAGAUGAAUUCAAUCCAUGUAUUAGAAGGCGCUAUGACGAAAGUGAUGAUCUUUUAAACAAAAGACAUGCAGGUAGAGGAAAUGUAGUGGAAAGAGAGCUCCACCUCCGUGAAAAAAGAAACAACAACAGAGGAAUUGGUGGUAUCAACCAUGAGGAGCAUAUGCAGUCAUUACCAGAGCGUUCCUCUCCGUACAGAGUUAAGGAAAGAAGAGAUUACCGGCAGAUCACGGAAAGGGAUGGGGAAAAUAGGUUCAGAAAGGGAAUGGAAAUUGAUGAUUUCGCAUUUGCACAUAGGUACGAAGAAGAAAUCUAUCAAGAAGAUUAUAUCAGACAUGCAUCAUAUGAAGAUAGAGAAAGAGACUAUAUUCACAGAAAGUAUGACAGAGAUGGACCCUACAUUGCAAGGGAAAUAGAGAGAUGCCGCCAGAGGGAGAGAUAUAGUGGUGGUGCAUGUUUUGAUUUGAUUAAGUCACGGGACUAUAGAGGAGGCGUUGAUGAGCACUGGAGAUAUUCAGAUCACGAGUUUUCUCCCCCAUAUUCUCGUAGAAAAUCUCGCAUUUUAAAGGAUAGAAGUUAUCAUGAAGCUACAUCACCAGAAAAGGAUCUGUCUGACUCAAGGAGAUCAGAUGGAAGAUGUGUAGAUAAUUGGAGACACACACACGAUGAGAAACAUAGAGACAGUGGUUGGUUUGGUCCGAACCUGAACGAAUACAAACAUACUGAUAGAGCAAUGUAUUCUGAUGAUCCUGUUCAUAGUGACAGAAGAAGACACAUAUGGAAAUAUAAUUCAGCCAUGGAUAACUCAACUUCUAGAGAACAAAGCCGAGGCAGAUUUCAUGACGAAGAAGCAUCCUUUUAUACAGAAAUGAGCUUGAGGGAUGAGUAUAUUCAUGUUAAUCAUGACUUCUCCCGCGGUGAGAUGCUUGAUGAUCAGGAUCGGUAUGAGAGGGAUAGAAGAAUAUUCAGAAGGGAAGAAAGUAGAGAUUUUGGAAUAAGUGAUGAAGCAGUGCUGAGGUACAGAAACUCAGUUGACUUGCGCGAAGAAAGUAGAGAUCUUAGAAUUUAUGAUGAACAAGCAGUGCUGCGGUAUAGAGACUUCUCUUGUGAUGAGAUGCUUAAUGAUCAGGAUCGAUAUGAAAGGGAUAGAAGAAUAGUCAUAAGGGAAGAAAGUAGAGAUUUUGGAGAUACUGAUGAAGCAGUGCUGAGGUACAGAGACUCAGUUGACUUGCAUAUAGUUGGUUGGAAAGGAAAGUUAUCUGGAAGGAACACCAAACCUAUGGCUCCCUGGAUCAAUAGCAUCAGGAAAGACAGCAUUGACCAUGAAAUUGACAAGGAGCAGAGAAGCUACAGAAAUCCCAACAGGCAACACCAAGGAAAAUUUGUUUCGCGGCACUUCCAAAAAGUCGAAAGUAAUUAUCCCGGUCAAUUAAAUACAAAGACAGAAAGAUUGGACCAAUCUCAUUUAGAGCACCAUGCGAGUAAAGGUAAUGAGAAGUUGAUAGAGAGCCGUCCAGUUAAUCACCGUCGCGAUGCUUCUUCGGUGCUUGCGGAAGGACGACGGGUAGAAGAUGGACAUUCAGAAAUUCCGAAGGAGAGAGUGUCAACUGGUGAUGCAAAGAAGAAACUGUUGGAUUCGGAGGAUUCCACGAAAUAUGAUAACCAGCGCAUUCUUCAGACACUAGCAAAGAUGGAAAAGCGGAGGGAGCGCUUCAAGGAGUUGAGCACUGCGAAAAAGGAGCUUGACAUAAAUCCAGUGCCUCAAUCUGAUGUUAAGUUGGUUGAAGCAGGAACAGAAGUUAAGCAGGAGAGACCAGCGCGAAAGAGGCGUUGGGGUGGUAACUAAGCCUUCUUCUUAGAUAACUCUCGGGUAUUGAGAUCUGUCAGAACCUGCUCUUAUGUUUUGUUCCAUCAGAACUCAUUUAGUGCAGUCGAGCCAUUUAGUAGGGUCAUAUAGUCUAGGCAGAAAUUCAAAGCAGAAAGAAACUCCAUUUAAUUUCAAGAGUCCCUAAAUUACCGUCGAUAUAAUAAAGUAGAAUGUUCUCAGUGGAUUUAGAAAAUUUUGCACUUCUCAAGUUUUCUUACAUCCUGUCAAACAGGUAGUCCCUUUCUCCCUGAUGUUUAUAACACUUGAAUAAUGUUCAUAUGUCCAGAGUUCCAUAUACCAUGUAUUCUUGGUUCUACUAUUAGUUUCAAUUCUUGGUGAAUAUACUCACA